AUGGUACUGCUCUCACCUGCCGUUAGUGAUCGCUCAGUGAGUAAGGUCCAAGCUUUUCUAUGGAUUUUACGUUUUGGUGUGCUGGUGCAUGAAGCUUCUUCAUUGGCUUCUUCACUUCUUGCCAAACCCUUAGAUGAUUGCCGAGUGAUUCAGUUCAAAGCAGGAACGAAAAACAAGAUCUUAACAAAUCACGUCAUAAGAAGUGAACAAGCAAAGGACAAGGAUAUCUGCGAGUUUAAAUGCUACUUUGAACCAAACUGUGUGUCCUAUAACUAUGGUCCGCUGGGGGAUGGAACAUUCACAUGCGAGCUAAAUAACAGAACUCAUUUGCAAGUCUCUCCCAGUUACUUCGAAUAUAGGAACGGCUCUUUGUACACAGCAAUCAUUAAUUCCUGUGAGAGCAAUCCGUGUGUUAGUAACUCUACUUGUCAAGCGGGGUUUAGUAGUCAUGGUUACCGCUGUAUUUGUUCUGACGGAUAUGAAGGAGAGCUUUGCCAAAGAGAUAUCGAUGAGUGUAACGAUGGAAGCCAUGACUGUCACUUUGCAGCCGAUUGUACAAACACCGCUGGAUCAUUCGACUGCAGCUGUCAGUCUGGACACCUUGGAGAUGGACGACACUUUUGCUCAGAUAACUGGAAAAAAAUCAACACCGAUCCUGUCUGCUUUGGGACAAAAAAUGACGACUUUGGAUCCUUUGAAAUCCAAGAGGCCGGUAAAAUCUACACAUUCAAACUUGUGCAUACAAGUGGCUCCGUGACAUGUGAUACUAACCUCGAAUCCACAAAGUGGGGAUGUUUACACAUAGGUUUGGGACGUCAUAGACUACUGACGGUGAUAACUUACCGCAACAAGACUGUUCUUCCACUUGCUGAGUUCGCGACAGGCGUUCAUGACUAUAGGUACCAACUUGACCGUGCUCAUGUCAACUCCCUGACGUUUGUGUUUAACCUGCUCCCCACCCUUCUGGUUGUGUCGAUUGGACAGCAGUUCCUAAUAUGGUAUGGGCAAGACUUGGCAAAUUAUUCCGAGCACAAUAAUGCUGGUGAGACAUGCGCAGAUGUUUACGCUUUGUACCCUUAACCUGAAUUUUAGCAUCGAACUUAACUUGAAUCUAUGUACAUAAGUAAAUAUCUAAGCAUAUAAAUGUGAAUACAUU